AUGUGCCUGCCUGUUGUGUCUGUGGUGAGAGAUGCCGAGUCCCAGCUCCUGCCUGAUGUGGGGGCCGUUGUGACAUGCAAGGUUUGCAGCAUUAACUCCCGCUUUGCCAAGGUGCACAUCCUGUACAUCGGCUCCACACCCCUGAAGUCCACGUUCCGGGGAACCACUAGGAGAGAAGAUAUUCGAGCCACAGAGAAAGACAAGGUAGAAGUUUACAAGAGUUUCCGCCCUGGUGACAUAGUCCUGGCCAAAGUCAUCUCCCUGGGGGAUGCACAGUCCAACUACCUGCUGAGCACGGCGGAGAACGAGCUGGGUGUGGUGGUGGCUCGCAGCGAAGCAGGGGUGCAGAUGGUGCCUAUCAGCUGGUGCGAGAUGCAGUGCCCACGGACGCACACCAAGGACUUCCGCAAGGUGGCCCGCGUGCAGCCCGAGUUCCUGCAGACCUAGCAGCCCUGCCAGCCCAAUGGGGCAUGGCUUGUCGCUGGCUGGCAGCAGCUGGCUUGCGCCCCUUGGAGCCUGCAGUGAGCCUUGCUAGCCACCACCCUCCAGGGGCUGCUGUGGCCCAAGGAACCACUGGAUUUGAGCCUCCUGCAUUCAGCUCUGCACCUGCCAGAGGUUGGAAGAGCCAGCCAGGCCCUCCCUCCCAGGAUGGAUUUUAUAUUUGUGCUGUGCAUAAUAAAUAUUUUCCAAGA